AUGUUUACCUUUUGCCCUCUCCAGGGCGCCCUUUCCGACUCGACAGCGUCGCAAUCGAUCCUUGAGCUCGACGGAGGUGUCAAGAUUUUGAUAGAUGUUGGCUGGGACGAGUCUUUCGAUGUCGAGAAGCUUCGGGAGCUUGAAAAACAGGUCCCGACUCUGUCAAUCAUUCUUCUGACGCAUGCUACGACAUCGCACUUGGCUGCAUUUGCCCAUUGCUGCAAAAACUUCCCCUUGUUUACGAGAAUCCCCGUAUACGCUACCCGACCUGUAAUUGAUCUGGGCCGCACCUUGACCCAGGACCUCUAUGCUUCCACCCCUCUGGCCGCGACAAAGAUACCCCACGGCUCACUGACCGAGGCCGCAUAUUCCUUCUCCCAGAAACCAAAUGCCGACAGCGACUUCCUCCUCCAAGCACCGACCUCUGAGGAAAUUACACGAUACUUUUCCCUGAUCCAGCCUCUCAAGUACUCGCAGCCUCACGAACCCCUUCCGUCCCCCUUCUCGCCGCCGCUCAAUGGACUCAUGAUUACAGCCUACAAUGCAGGCCACACUCUCGGAGGAACGAUAUGGCAUAUUCAGCAUGGUCUGGAGUCGAUUGUCUACGCGGUCGACUGGAAUCAAGCCAAGGAAAAUGUCUUCGCCGGAGCCGCUUGGCUAGGUGGGGCCGGAGGCGGCGGCGCCGAGGUCAUCGAACAACUGCGAAAGCCGACGGCUUUAGUUUGCAGUAGUAGAGGUGCAGAGAAGGUGGCUCAAGCUGGCGGUCGCGCCAAACGCGACGAGCAGCUUGUCGACUUGAUCAAGACCUGCGUUAGCCGAGGAGGCACCGCCCUCAUCCCAGUGGACUCGAGCGCACGAGUUUUGGAGAUUGCGUAUCUGCUCGAACAUGCCUGGAGAGUAGACUCGGACAACAGUCUCAAGACAGCAAAACUGUACCUGGCCGGACGAAAUAUGUCAAGCACCCUGCGAUAUGCACGAAGCAUGUUGGAGUGGAUGGACGACAACAUCGUGAGGGAGUUCGAAUCGGUUGCUGAUGGGCAACGUCGGGCGAAUGGUGCUGAGGGAAAGAGUAAGGAGGGGGUGCCUUUCGACUUCAGAUAUCUGAAGCUCGUUGAACGCCGGGCACAAAUCGAGAAGCUCCUCUCGGGAUCUGCGGACAAUGUUCAAGCAGAGGGAAGAGUCAUUCUCGCAAGCGACGAUACGCUGGAGUGGGGCUUCUCCAAAGACUUGAUCCAAGGUCUAGCAAAAGACUCCAGGAAUUUGGUCAUACUGACAGACAAGCCAGCCAGGUCACUGACUGAACGAUCAUCAAUAGCGAGAACCCUUUGGGAUUGGUGGACUGAACGGAGAGAUGGUGCUUCGGUGGAAGAGUCGAGCAACGGCAACAGCCUUGAGCUUGUCUAUGGUGGCGGUAGGGAGUUGGAGAUCCAAGAAGCCAAAAAGCAAGCAUUGGACGGAGAAGAACUCAACGUAUACCAGCAGUGGCUCGCUACACAGCGUCAGCUUCAGGCUACGUUACAGAGUAGCGGUGGAGCUUCCUUGCAAGCACCCGCAGACGCUGCAGACGACGUCUCGUCUGAUUCCUCAUCCGACUCGGGCGAAUCCGACAACGAGCAGCAGGGCAAAGCCCUCAACAUUUCAACGACCAUGGGUCAGGCAACGCGCAAGAAGGUUGUUCUUACAGACGAAGAUCUUGGCAUCAACAUUUUGACGAAAAAGCGGGGUGCCUACGACUUCGAUGUAAGGGGCAAGAAGGGCCGCGAACGCUCAUUUCCUCUCGUCAUGCGGAGGAGACGCGAUGAUCAGUUUGGAGACGUCAUCCGACCCGAAGAUUACCUCCGUGCUGAGGAGAAGGAGGAAGAUACACCGGACAACGAGGGUCUGCGGAGAGACGACGAUGAUGACCGACUUGGAAAGAAGCGCAAAUGGGACGACGGAAACAACAAAGCAGCAAACAAGCGCCAGAACAACAGGGCAGGAUCUGUAGAUGAUUUGGACGCCAACGCGACAGGCGACCAUGUUGCCGACGAGCUGGACGACGUGGAGGAUGUCGUCGAGGAGGAGGUACAGGGUCCAUCCAAGUUGAUCGUAUCAACAGAGAAGGUCAUGGUCAACUUGCGUAUUGCGUUUGUUGACUUUAGUGGAUUGCACGACAAGAGGAGUUUGAAUAUGUUGAUCCCAUUGAUCCAGCCGAGAAAGCUUAUCUUGGUUGGCGGCACUACGGACGAGACAACAGCGCUCGCAGCAGAUUGCAAGAAGCUGCUGGCCGCCCAGAUUGGAGCCUCAGAGGAGAGCGCGAUCGACGUCUACACGCCGGCAAUGGGCACCUGGGUAGACGCGAGUGUCGACACAAACGCCUGGGUGGUCAAGUUGGCGGACAGCCUGGUCAAGAAGCUCAAGUGGCAGAAUGUACGCGGCCUGGGCGUCGUGACUGUCACAGGUCAGCUCAUUGCUGAGGCUCUGGCCAAGGAAAAGCUUAUCGAGAAGGACGACGGGGCCAACAAGAGGCAGAAGACCGAGACCGAAGAUGGCGAAACCGGCGAGGACGUCAAGGAGGAGGAGAAGGAAGAGGAUGAGGCUAUUGACAUCGAGGUGGUCCCCACGCUGGACUUGUUACCCUCGAAUAUGGCAUCAGCGGUGCGUUCGGUCGCACAACCGUUGCACGUGGGCGACUUGAGGCUCACGGACCUGAGGCGAGCGAUGCAGUCAUCGGGAUACACAGCCGAGUUCCGUGGCGAGGGUACGCUGGUGAUCAAUGGCGCUGUGGCGGUACGAAAGACGAGCACGGGCAAGGUGGAGGUGGAAAGCGUGGGUAUCGCGGAUGCAGCGACGAUGAUGCAGCACCGCAGCACGUUCUACGAGGUGAAGAGGAUGAUUUACGAUGGUCUGGCUGUGGUGGCAGGAGCAUGA